UUUGCUUUUCCUCUAUUCUCUGGAUCUUCCGUAGGGAACAUACAUAUAUUACGGAGUAUUAUUUUUAGGCGAGGAACUAGAGGCGAAAGGUAUUUGUCCGCAAUGACGAAUCCAAGCGGCAAUAGUUCCUCUCCGUCUACGCAAAAACCUUCAAUCACUCACAUCAUCUUCGACAUGGACGGCCUUCUUCUUGACACUGAAAAAUUCUACACUGAAGUCCAAGAGAUUAUACUCGCCAGAUACAAUAAGACCUUUGAUUGGUCACUUAAGGCAAAAAUGAUGGGUAAGAAGGCUAUAGAAGCUGCUACGGUCUUUGUUGAGGAGACAGGAAUUAGUGAUUCUCUGACAGCUGAAGAUUUUCUUAUUGAAAGAGAGGCUAUGCUUCAGAAUAUGUUUCCAACCAGUGAACUCAUGCCAGGUGCUAGCCGUUUUAUUCGGCACCUUCAUGCAAAAGGAAUACCAAUUUGUGUUGCAACAGGCACUCACAAGCGUCAUUUUCAAUUGAAAACACAACAGCAUGGUGAAAUUUUUUCGCUGAUGCAUCAUAUUGUUCUUGGUGAUGAUCCAGAAGUCAAACAAGGGAAACCUUCACCUGAUAUAUUUCUUGCAGCAGCCAAUAGAUUUGAGGAUGGGCCAGUUGUUCCCCACAAAGUUCUUGUUUUUGAGGAUGCUCCUUCAGGUGUUCUUGCGGCUAAGAAUGCUGGCAUGUCAGUGGUUAUGGUUCCUGACCCCAGGUUGGAUAGCUCUUAUCAUGGAAUUGCUGAUCAGGUUCUUAGUUCUUUAUUGGAUUUUAACCCAAGUGAUUGGGGACUGCCUCCAUUUGAUGAUUCAUCUAGCUAAUCACAGCUUCCAAUUGAACAUAAAUUUUACUUCAUUUCGAGACUAGGUCGUGAAGUUGGCCCUUGAAUAUGCGUUAUUUGUGGUCAUGAAAUUACUCAUUACUUGUGUUCCUUUUGUGUUUAUGCUUCUCUGGUACCCAAAGUAAGACUCAAAAAGGAGAAUUGAUGAAUUUAGAAUUUGCCCUUUGUACACACUACAUUUGUUUCAAACUUUCUUACCAUUUAAAAAGUGAGUAAAUUAUUCACUUAUAUUUAUGUUU